UCCUUUCGGCUGUGCGAGGACCGGACCUGCACCACGGAGGAGCCCCAAAUGAAGGUCCCCAAAAGCCUCCCAAACUCCGCCCUGGAAGGUCGGGCUCUUGCCAGGAGACCGGGUAACUCUAGUCCUAGCCCUGCCACGCCCCUCAGCCCCCUCCGCGAGCUCUGCCCUCGAGCGGCCUGCCCCUCCCACGGCCCCGCCCCUAGCCCCUUCCGUCUCUCGGUCCCGCCCCCAAAGCCCUGCCCCUCCCCUCGGCCCCUUAACUGGUGCCCACGCCUCCCUCGCGUGUUUCUCCGAGCUGGCCUAGCCGUUCUCUCUCCGCUUCUCCGCACUCUCCGGCCUGCUCCGGUCGCUGCGAUGAGCACUGGCACCUUCAUCGUGUCACAGCCACUUAAUUACCGCGGCGGGGCCCGCGUGGAUCCGGUGGACGCCUCCGGCACCGAGAAGGCGUUCGAGCCGGCAACCGGUCGAGUGAUAGCUACUUUCACAUGUUCAGGAGAAAAGGAAGUAAAUUUGGCUGUUCAAGAUGCAAAGGCUGCCUUUAAAAUAUGGAGCCAGAAAUCUGGCAUGGAGCGUUGCCGAAUUCUUUUGGAGGCUGCCAGGAUAAUAAGGGAACGGAAGGAGGAGAUCGCCACCAUGGAGACCAUCAACAAUGGCAAGUCUAUCUUUGAGGCCCGAUUGGACGUUGACAUUUCCUGGCAGUGUCUGGAGUACUAUGCAGGCUUGGCGGGAUCCAUGGCUGGAGAGCACAUUCAGCUCCCUGGCGGUUCCUUUGGUUACACCAGAAGAGAGCCACUGGGGGUGUGUGUGGGAAUUGGAGCGUGGAACUACCCCUUUCAGAUUGCCUGCUGGAAGUCGGCUCCAGCGCUGGCCUGUGGUAAUGCCAUGAUCUUUAAACCUUCUCCCUUCACGCCUCUGUCUGUCUUGCUGCUGGCCGAAAUCUAUACUGAGGCUGGCGUUCCUCCUGGGCUUUUCAACGUGGUGCAGGGAGGGGCCACCACAGGCCAGCUUCUGUGUCAGCAUCGUGAUGUGGCCAAAAUCUCCUUCACUGGAAGUGUGCCCACCGGCUCAAAGAUCAUGGAGAUGUCAGCUAAAGGAAUCAAACCUGUGACCUUGGAACUUGGAGGCAAAUCUCCACUGAUCAUCUUCUCAGAUUGUGACAUGGGGAAUGCGGUGAAGGGGGCGCUGAUGGCCAACUUCCUCACGCAAGGCGAGGUUUGUUGUAAUGGUACAAGGGUAUUUGUGCAAAAGGAAAUUCUUGAUAAAUUUACAGAGGAAGUAGUGAAACAGACCCAAAGGAUAAAAAUUGGAGAUCCCCUUCUGGAAGAUACAAGGAUGGGUCCCCUGAUCAACCGACCACAUCUGGAGCGAAUCCUUGGGUUUGUUAAAGUGGCGAAGGAACAGGGUGCUAAAGUGUUAUGUGGUGGAGACCUAUAUGUACCUGAAGAUCCCAAAUUAAAGGAGGGGUAUUACAUGAGACCUUGUGUGUUAACCAACUGCAGAGAUGACAUGACCUGUGUGAAAGAAGAGAUCUUUGGGCCAGUUAUGUCCAUUUUAUCAUUUGACACUGAAGCUGAGGUUGUGGAAAGAGCCAAUGAUACCACUUUCGGACUAGCUGCCGGUGUCUUCACCAGGGACAUCCAGCGUGCCCACAGAGUGGUGGCUGAGCUUCAGGCUGGAAUGUGCUUCAUUAACAACUAUAAUGUCAGCCCUGUGGAGUUGCCCUUUGGAGGAUAUAAGAAGUCAGGGUUUGGCAGAGAGAAUGGCCGUGUGACCAUUGAAUAUUAUUCACAACUGAAGACUGUGUGCGUGGAAAUGGGUGAUGUGGAGUCUGUUUUUUAAAAACCUUCAGUGAAACCAGUGAACACGGCUGGAAUGAGAACCAGCAGCCUUGAUGGAGGAGGUGCAGCUGCCUACCCUUUUACAUCCAGAAUGUUGGUCACUCAGGAUGAGAGAGUGGUUCACUGUUACUCUUCAUUACUCAGUCAAUUUCCUAAGUGAAAAUGUGCAUAAGUGCCUUUUAGAUUCUAAUCAAGAAAGCUGUAGUUUCCUUCAAAGCACAUUUCUCUGAAUUCUUUGAGAGCCACUGACACACUUCCAGAGAACAGGGGGUGGGACCAGGAUUUUGUUCUUCCAGAAUCUACUCACUGCCGAGCUCAUUCUCUAGCUUGCUUUAAAGAACCCAUCCUUUAGAAGUUCCUGGUGGGAUCAGUGCAGGUGAUUUCUGCUUCUUGGCAUUUCUUAAGCCAUGCCCCCUUGUCGUUCCACUGAGAAGGUUGACAGUCGGGGAGAGAGGGCCCAGUUCAGUGUGAAUGCUGAUGGACCAGAGCCAGCACAGCGGUGAGGAAACUGGCCUCCAGUCCGUAAGUCUGAUGUUCUUCCCAGCUGAGCUAUUUCAGUGAGGGUUGCAGUCCUUGAAUUAUAGCUUGUUCUCUUAUGACAGAAGAGUUAUCUUUUAAAUGUACAAAUUACUUGUAUGCUACUACAGUAUACUGAAAUGAAAUAAAUCAUACCUUCAAUC